AUGAAAUUCUCAGCUUUAACUAUCUUAACUUUUGCUGCUGCUGCUGUUGCUGAUCUCAAAUUUGAUCUUAAAGCCGGUGCCUCGGGCACUGCUUUGGACGGUGUUGCUAUAAAGAAGGCUGAUUCCCAUCUUUUUGCUUUCUCCGUUGGUGGGGACGAAGGUGAUGACUUAUCGUUCACUUUCAAAGGUUCUACUUUAGUUGACCAGGAUGGUGCUGGUGCUCGUAUUGACCCAGACUGGCAAUACCUUGGAAGCGCACAAGGUUCUCAAAGUCCAACUGAAGGCUUUUCUCAUAAAAAUGAUAAAGUACUUUAUCAGGGUAAUGCUAAAUGGCAAGCUUGCCCCGUUGAGGGAAUCGGACAUGUCUUAAUUUUUUCAGAAGAGAAAUGUUAUGAGGGUAUCGAUAUUCAAUUAGUUAUGGCCAACCAACAAGAAGUAUGA